AUGCCUGAAUUUCUCGCAGAGACCGGCCGGUUGUUGCUAGAGCUAUUAGAGGCGACAGCCGAUCUUGAAUGCAACCUCACGGACGAGCGAUCUAUGCUCAUACAUGAUAUUCGCAAUGAAAUCGAAAGCUCUAUGACGAUCCACUAUCCAAGCCCAAAGAGCAUCUCGACGAGCAAGGCUCAAUUCAUUAAGCGAAGACAAAACCUCAGGCUCGGAAUAGAACGAGGAAAAGCAAUCUCCGAGGCAUCCGAGGCCGCAAAGAAGCUGGCUGACGCUGCCGAGAAGAUGGAAUCAUCGAAAAGCGGCGAGCAAGAGAAAGAGAGGGGAAACGCAGGUCUGCCAUCUCGCAAAAGAAAGUGGGAAUCAGAUGAGGAUUGGGAGAGGUCAGCAGGGUUGACAGAGGGUGACGCGCAAUUCGACGAAGUCAAAUCCUGGUACACGGGCAGUCAUGUCCUGGCACACGGGCAUUGGCAAGCUACGCAGCGCCAAGGACCCCAACCAUACCAUUUAUCGUCCCGUCAAUCAGUGUGGUCUGGACAAAGAGGAGCUCAGACGGCCCUCACCAAGCCUCAUCGAUCUACCUUAUGCCUCCAAGUGUGGGUUUUGACGGCAGCGGCGAGCUGGAGCGAUGGUUUCUAG